ACAGGACCUGCCCACCCUCCACCCCUGACACCAUGACCCACUCGUGCUGCUCCUCUUGCUGCCAGCCUACGUGCUGCAGGACCACCUGCUGCCGGACCACCUGCUGCCAGCCCAGCUGCUGUGGGUGUAGCGGCUGUGGACACAACAGCGGUGGGUCUAGCGGCUGUGGUUCAGGCUGCUGCCAUCCUUGCUGCUGCCGAGCUUGCUGUCACACCACCUGCUGCCGGACCACCUGCUGCCAGCCCAGCUGCUGUGGGUGUAGCGGCUGUGGACACAACGGCGGUGGGUCUAGCGGCUGUGGUUCAGGCUGCUGCCAGCCUUGCUGCUGCCCAGCUUGCUGUCACACCACCUGCUGCCGGACCACCUGCUGCCAGCCCAGCUGCUGUGGGUCCAGCGGCUGUGGACACAACGGCGGUGGGUCUAGCGGCUGUGGGUCGAGCUGCUGCCAGCCUUGCUGCUGCCCAACUUGCUGUCACACCACCUGCUGCCGGACCACCUGCUGCCAGCCCAGCUGUUGUGGGUCCAGCGGCUGUGGGUCCAGCGGCUGUGGACAAAACUGCUGUGGGUCCCGCUGCUGCCAGCCAGGUUGCUGAACCCCCGUGUACUGCACGAGAACCUGCUACCACCCCACCUGCUGCUGCCUGCCUGGGUGCCUAGCCCAGGGCUCUGGAUCCUGCUGCCAGCCUUCCUGCUGCUGAUUGCCUCGCCAAGAACCACCAUCGGACUUGCCACUUGGGAAUCGGUCACUGCCACGCGUUGCGGAAA